UUCAAGAAAACGCGCAUUCAAACACAUUAAGUUGUACUGGAAACAUGAAAAUCUACUUAAUUAAAAUGUUCCUUAUUUAUGGAAAUAAAUCAUGCCCUGUAUAUCGUGUUUGAGGUGUUUUAAGACUUAUCACUAGGCCUACACCAAAUAACUUUUUAAGGUGUUGUAUUUUUUGCAGUGUAUACGCUUUACGCACAAGCUGUCUGAAAUUUGAUUCGAGUUUAAAAGCCUCAACAGCAGCCACAAGUCAGAGAGCAACGUGUUCCUCUCUGAGCAUUAGGUAGUUCCAUAUACGGAUUGAAGAGGCACUUCACAGCCCCUCUGGCACUGUAUCUAUAGGGCGCACAGAGGGGCAGUGCCAUGCACACUCUGACUAUGCGCUGCUCCUGAGCGGAGGGAACCAGUCUCUGGUUUUCGGCCCCACUAAUGACAUAACUAUGGGAACGCCUGGAAACAACACCGUCCACCCGAACGGGUCCGAUCCGUUUGCGCGAAACGAGGAGGUCGCCCAAAUCGAGAUACUGGUCCUGAGCAUCACCUUCGUGGUUGCCGUGAUUGGGAAUGUGAGCGUCCUGCUUGCAAUGUACAACACCAAGAAGAAGAUGUCGCGGAUGCACCUUUUCAUCAAACACCUCAGCCUGGCUGACCUGGUUGUCGCCUUCUUCCAGGUGUUGCCGCAGCUCUGCUGGGAGAUCACCUUCCGCUUCUACGGUUCAGACUUUCUCUGCAGGAUAGUCAAGCACCUCCAGGUGAUGGGGAUGUUUGCGUCCACCUACAUGAUGGUGAUGAUGACCCUGGACCGUUACAUUGCCAUCUGCCACCCUCUGAAAACCCUCCAGCAGCCCACCCAGCGCUCCUACAUCAUGAUCAUCUCCACCUGGAUGUGCAGCCUGGUCCUCAGCACUCCGCAGUACUUCAUAUUCUCCCUGAGCGAGAUCAAGAACGGCUCGGACGUCUACGACUGCUGGGCGCAUUUUAUCGAGCCGUGGGGCGCAAAGGCGUACAUCACUUGGAUAACCGUGGGUAUCUUCCUCGUGCCAGUGGUCAUUCUUAUGAUGUGCUACGGGUUCAUCUGCCACAGCAUAUGGAAAAAUAUCAAAUACAAGAAAAGGAAAACUAUGGCUGGUGCUGCGAGCAAGAACGGGCUAAUUGGGAAGAAUUCAGUCAGCAGCGUUACAUCUAUAUCAAGAGCCAAACUGAGGACUGUUAAAAUGACUUUUGUGAUAGUUUUGGCGUACAUUGUUUGCUGGGCGCCGUUUUUCAUAGUGCAGAUGUGGUCUGUGUGGGAUGAAAACUUCCAGUGGGCUGAUUCUGAGAACACAGCAGUGACUCUGUCUGCUCUCCUUGCCAGUCUUAACAGCUGCUGUAACCCGUGGAUAUACAUGAUCUUCAGCGGUCACCUCCUCCAGGAUUUUGUGCACUGCUUCUCCCUCUGCCACAAAGUCAACACUGACUUCAAGAAGGAGGACUCAGACAGCAGUCUCCGCAGAACAACGUUGCUGUCUAAGAUGACCAAUCGGAGCCCUACCGGCAAUUCUGGCAACUGGAGAGAGCUGGACAAUUCUCCCAAGUCCUCCAUUCAGGCGGAGUAAACACACAGCCAGGCAACUCUGGGUGGGAAUGAAAAAAUGUCUGCCAGUGGCAUCAAGGUAUACAUACAGUAUCAACUCAUCUUAACAUUGGGCAUGACGGGCAGUGAUUAAAAAGCCCCAAACUCUAAAACCAAACUAAAUCAAAUCAAUGGGCUUUUGCUUGGAAAACAGGACACAGAGUGAAGAAAUAUGGUAUAGACUGAGAAUUUGCGACAAGGACAUAAAAUAUGGACGCAUUACUUUCUUCUUCUUCUUGAUGGAUUUGGUGCGCAAACAUGUUCCUUUUCACAAAACAUCAGCAAAAAUAUUAGAAAAACAUUGGGAAAGGGAGUGAAAUUGCAAAGUUAUACUUACAAUUUAUCAUGUUUUCAUAUCUCAACAAUUGUUUGUAUAAGCACUAGAUGCUGACAGUUAUGUUUUUACAUCAUUUUGUUGAAUUUAGUUGUAAUACUUGAAGAUCCGACAGCCCCAAUUAGUCAAGCAGAUUUUUUUGGCGUCCCAACACGAUUCUUUUCUAUGCUUUUAAUAGAAAAGUACUUCUCCAGGAAUACUGAUGCUUUUACUGGCGGUUAUGUCUCCCUGCAGUACCGCCGAACACCGUUUCCUGUUAGAGUGUUUACAAAGAUUAAACUUACGCAGCAGCCAGGAGGUGUGUGGUGGUGAAAACAACUCUUCCAGGUUGCACGUCUCCAAGUAACCGAGGCAGUCACCUCAUCCUUUGUGCUUAGCUUUCCAUUUAGUUGUUUUUCUCAGAACCAGAUUUUAAUGGCUUAUGUACAAACAAAAAAUGAUUUUACCUUUCCUUUGACCUGUCACAAAAAAAGAAAAAUAAUGUGUGUGGGGUUUAGGUUACAUUUAUUAAUCAGGCCCUUGUGUGCAUCCACAUUUUUCUAAUUAUUUCAUGUUGGAGCAGGCGGUCCUUUGUGGGGAUCCCUAAAGAGUGGCUGUCAUUUCUGUUGAGCAGAGGCAGAUGGGAUCCCCUUGAAAAUAGCAGGACAAUCACCUACACACACACACACACACACACACACACACACAAACAUACACACAGUGUAGGGGAUGGCGGGGGGUUUGAUGAAGUGAGAUUGGCCACAGCUGGAGGAGUCUACCUGCCGACCCACAGACCCCACCCAUGGCUUUCACAAAAUGUUGGGGAGAAGCUCACACGUUCCAAACACUCUACGUACACUUCCUGAUGUUUUUUCUGACAUCCUGCAUCGUUAGGGAGGGGUCUGUUUUUUGGCUUAAUUUGCAAAUUUGAAUUUUCUUUUACCCUUAGUGUGAUGUGCAGCAUGUGUCAGACCACCAUGAGAACCCCAAAAGAACAUGUAUGUUGUAAUGUAUCAAGACAUUUCUAUCUGAGUGUAUAGUAUAUUUGUACGUAAAAGGCACUUAAAUAUCUGUAAAUAGGAGUAAUAUAUGUAAAUCAGUUCAACAUGAAUUCUAUUUGUCUGCAAUGGCUUGUGCACAUUGAAAAUAAUCUAAAUAUCCUAUAAAUAUAUGUUGAAAUAUUGAUGCACUCAA